AUGGGAAUUAAAACCUUGCUUCCUUUUCUGAAAGACGUCACUGAAAACAGCUAUUUAGACAGUUUUAAAGGUCUCGUGGCGGCCGUAGAUGCGUCUUGUUGGUUACACAAGGCCAUUGCGAUCAGUUAUUCGCAAUUCGGAGACGAUCGAAGGUGAGAACUUUUAAUAUGAAAGUUUUACUAUGUCUUAAUUUGUAUUGCAUUUUAACUAAUGUUUUUACUUCUUAGAGUGAAGGAGAUCUGCAAUUCUUAUCUGGAUCUACUGGAAAGGAAUAAAAUUCGACCGUUGGUCGUGUUCGACGGAUUGCCGCUACCGGGCAAGGACAGAGAGCGUGAUAACAGAGCAAUGUGAGAGAAUUUUUUUGCAUUGACAGUUGAAGCUCAGUUCAAAUAUUUAAGCCUUUUGUCUAAUUUUCUUUAGUAGAAAUGAUUUUUUUUCAGCAGACAUUGAUCUCCCAUAAAUCUUCUUCCUUUAGGCAAAGAAAACAACAACAGCAAAAAGCUGACCAACUUCGGCGCAGUGGAAAGGUGACUGAGGCAAGAAACGCUUUGGCUGCAGCUGCAGAAAUUAACCACGAUCUCGUCUGUGGGUUUAUUCAAGUAAGUCUAAGUCUCAAUUUUGGCAUAAAGUUUAUCAUUUCAGUAAGCUUAAAAUACAUUUUUUUCUAGACUUCUUAAUAAUUAAAUAUUGUAUUGUUUUUAAUUAAAAAUUGAAUGACCUCGUUAAGAUAAUUUUUUAUUCUUUUCAUUUAUAGACUUGCCGACAAAAGUCUAUUGAUUAUGUGGUAGCUCCGUACGAGGCUGAUGCAGAGAUAGCAUUACUUUAUGAGCAUGGCUAUGUAGAUAUUGCAAUCUCAGAGGAUUCCGACCUUCUUGCUUAUGGAUGCCAAAAGGUACAUUGAAUAACCCAUACAAUUUAUCAUCCAAAUGCUUAUUCAAAGCCUGGCUGUGUUUACUUGAUUUUCAACAGAAUGAACUAUAAGCUUAUAGUUUUAGUCCUUUUUAUAUCGUAACUAUUAAUUUCAUAAACUAGAACCCAAUUGCAAAUAGCAGCAGAUCUCUGAACACUUUAAAGGUUUUACUGAAAAAAAAAUUUAGAGGCUUUCUGUAAUUUUUAAUCAUUUUCUUAUUCUUUUUAUUGUCAUUAGGUUCUUUUUUUCGAUUAUACAAUUUUAUUAAUUUGUACAAGUAUCAAUUUGAAAUUAGUAGCACUUAGAAUUAGUUAUAAAUUGUAUACAUUUUUAUUUUUAUGAACUCAAUGUUUUGCGCAGGCGAUCAUACAGGUAUACUCAUGAAGCCUGUGCAAUAUAAAUGCAUAUACUAUUAUUACUAUUACCUUUGGUUUUCUCCGUUGAACACAAAAGACCAUGAAUAAAAAUAAGGAAGGGUUUUCCUGAACACCCCUAAUUUCCCUAUCUAUCUAUAGGUUUUGUUCAAGUUGCGACUCGAUGGUGUGUGUGAAGUAAUCGAGUUAGAGGAAAGGUGUUGCAACAUUUGUCACUGA